CUCAUGCCCAAGCGCUCACUAUCAAGACAUCCUUUCCAUCUGCUUGAAGAGUGGCGUGUCUAAUUGGCAGCACUGACCUUCAGGCAAAAAGGUGAAGCGUUGUGAGGGUGGAGCCUGAUGGAUCAUGGUGGUCAGUUUGAGGAGGAGGGCAAAGUAAUGUCACAACUUCAGGUGGGCGGGGUUGACCUCUGUGAUAACCUACCCAACCCUGAAGCUCUCAGUGCUGCCCAAACCCGAAACCUCAACGAGGCGAACACACUCACACAGACUCAGAGUCCCUCUCCUUCCCAAAAUGACAACGGAAAGGAUGAAGAGGGUGAACAGGGGAAGGAGGGAUACAAAGGUACAGACAGAGAGGAGGAGGAUGAUGAAGAAGACAUUGAUGAGGUGAUGAAGGAAGAGGAGGAUGAAUCGGAGGGAUCCAGUUGUCGAAUUCACUGCCAGUCUCCAGACACUCCCAUGACCGAUUCCUCCUAUUCAGAAACCGGCAGUCUGUUAGAGACAUCCCCUACAUCCCCUGUCAUUCCAGAGGUCUGUCCAGAAACUGCAUAUCCCAUCUGUCCAGUGGAACUGAGCCAGAGUGAUGCUGAAGUGGACUUUGAUAACUCCAACACUGGAUCAUUUGCCUCCAAUACAGGGUCCAUUACCUGCACAUUAGGACCCGCCUUCACCACAGGGCCUAUAGAGUCUACAGCACUAACUAUAACCUCAGACACCAGGCUCAUCAGCCCAGCUGGGCCUUCAUGUAUCACAGAAACUACAGCCAGAACAGCAAAAAAUACUAACUCCACUACAGAACAUCUUACCUCAUCAACAGAGCCUGUCGUCAGCCAUGCAUGCACCAGAGGACCAGCUACUCCAUAUGCAGAACCUAUCACAUCACCUGCAGAGACAUUUACAGUAACUGCUUGCACCACAAGACUCAACGCAUCCAUUGCUUCUUCUCCUAUGAGUGCAACAACAGGACCCAUUACCGUCACCACAGGACCUACAACUACCGGUACAGAAUCCACUUCUACCUCAAUCUCAAAUUGGGAACACAUUACCUCCACUCCAGAGCCCACUUGUUUUUCAUUCUCCACCUGCACCACAGGACCUGUCACAAGCCCUGCUCUACUGGCGUCUCUGGACCAAUUGGCACACAGAGGAGAUGACACCCACUUUCCACAGUACCUUCAUCAGAUUGCUGAGGCCUUUGUCCAUCAUGAAGAUUACCAGCAGGCAUUAUGGUGCAUCCAACUAGAGAGACUCUAUCACCAGAGAGUAUUGGACAACCUGAAUGCACUACAGGAACAGUGGGGGAGUCAUUGUAGAAGGACCUCCUCUGGCCUGGCAACCCAACAUCUGGAUACUCUGAGACACAUCUGUCAGACGCACAGUCGACCGAGGACUGGACAUGCUGUGUGUGCGUCUCUGGACAUUUUGAGGCCUGUAUUUGAAGAAGGUGUUAUACAGCCUUCAUGUACCUCAGUCCAUCAGAUUGAAGGAGGGAUGGAGCAGAGAGCUGAAGACUCCUCCCAUUCCCAGAGCAGUCAUCCAGCAACACCCUCCAUUAAUUCGGAAGAUAGUCUCAAUUCCCCUGAGAAGUCCGAAAAGAACCGAGAAGACCCAGAUGGCAAAUUACAGGGGAGGGACGGUGUCCAUGGAACUCCACUGACUGACAGGGAGGGAGGAGGAGCGCCGGGAUACACCAUUUCAGUGAGAGGAAAUGGAUUGCACCCCUUUACAGCUGGAGAAAUGGAUCAGUCCAAGCCUGCAGAGCAGCAGGGAGGAGAUUUAGGACCAGUACAGGAAAAGGAGGCAAAAAAGGAGGAAGAGCAGAGGAACGUAGAGCAGGCAGAAGAGGCUCUGGAGAUGGAAGAUGAGGCAGAAGAUGAAGAGGAAGAGAAACAGAAGGAAAGAGACUCUCCUUUUUGUCAGAAAGCACUCCCAGUGGAGACUCUGGUCAGUGAGGCUGAGGUGGAAGUACAACAGCUGCACCAGGAAGCCCAAGCUGAGGAGAAGCUACAUGAGGAGACCCAGGAAAGCAAUAAAACCUGCCUGCACCAGGAGGCCCACCUUUCAGAACAGGCUCAUAUAAAACAGCAGGAGCAGGGCGAGGAAGGAGAGGUGGAGGAAGAAGAGGAGGAGGAAUACGAAGUACAGCAAGUUGACAUCAGCAGACAAGCUGCCACACUGGACGACAUGGCUAAACUCAUCACUGUAGAGGAGCUAUCUCCUGCCUCUGGCCUCGUCUCCAUACUGAAAAAGCGUAGCGUCCGUAUGGACAACAUGAGUGCGUCUGCGAGUUCAGAGCCCCGACCUGACAAACCCCCCAACAAGAGACGGGUCCGCUUCAAAGUUCCUGAUGACGCCUAUGACCAGGAUGUUGGCAGUGGAGACUCCUGCUUGCUUCUCUUCCUACUCUGUCUGGUUACCGUAGUGAUCAGUGUGGGCGGCACCGCCCUUUACUGCGCUCUGGGUGAUGCCCACUCCUCGGUCUGUCAGGACUUCUCCAGAAAUGCGGACUUCUACUUUGGCCAGAUUCAGCGCGGGAUAUCUCAGAUCCAGCACUGGUUUACACCAGGGUCGUAGUAGUAAAGCAUUUUGUCAACAGUGUGGAGCCACUGGCUUUUGUGUUAUCAAGUAGCAUUUGAUGCUACUUUCUCGGACAGGGUUUUUUGAGGCAGUGGUGCCAGGCAGCUGCUCCGGCCCCAGUUUCUAUUUGGAGCUUCAGAAUUGGCUAAACGAUUACAUCAGAUACAGUCGGCAUUUGUAAGCCUACUCCACUGCAUUUUAGUGCUCUUUGAAUACUAUCCCAGAGUCCAUUGAGACUUAAAGUCACAGGUCAGAUCACGUGUCCUUGCCUUUACUACACUAGCUUUAAAGGGAACACAGCACUGAGAGAAAGAUGACAACUUGAAGAUGGAGAGCGCAUAAUGAAAGAGGAAGAACUGACCCACGGCCCUCUCAGCCCUGUCAAGAAUAAAUAGGACAUACAUCCUCAAGCUAAGUUUAGAGAUUCUUAUUGUGAUUUAAGCAUUCUACUGAACUAGCCGAGAACCGUCUUCCGCAGAGACAUUCACUGUCAGCCAGUGAAACUCCAGUCAAUCAGUCACAAAUCAACCAGGACUGGAUACUAAAAUUCACUGACUCACACUGGACUCCAAGCCUCGACUCUCUCACUUAAGAAUAAGAAACAAUGUGAGUUAAACCUGCGGAGUUGUAAAAAAUGAUAUAAAAUGUAUAGUUUGUUUACUGGGGGGCAGAGAGAUGCUCUGCCUACACAUACUGCACAAAUGGGAAGUGUCCCAAUGGGCAUUUUACUAGAUGUUGCAACCACUUGUGUUGCUUUUAUUGUUGACUUUUUUAAAUCACAUGAAAUUUUAAAAUGAACAAACCAUCUUGUGGUCUACUACUUGGAAUGAAAUCAUUAUGUCUUAAUCCUGUCUUAAACCUUUGAAUGAAUGUUUGCGGUGUUAAAUGUUAAACUUUGUGUCAUCUGUGGGGCAUUUAUAUAUUGUCAAAAAAUAUUGAAAAGGUUAUUUUGUUAUCUGUCAAAACUGAGCUGCUGCUGGACAAUAGGCACAUCAAAUGUAACUCAAGGGGGAAGAUUACACAAUUUAAUGCAAACUACUGAGAUCUGCAUUGCAUUGCUUUUGCAACAAGCAUUCGCUGAAGAAUAUCAGCUUUGUUCUCUUUGUACUGUACUUUCCCCCUGCACACAUUUGACAUAAGUGUCCUGUCGCUGCCCUUUUCUGUAAAACUACCAACAAUGGAUUUGCAAUGAGCUGCAAUGAGCUGACAUGGCUGCCACUGGGGACUAGAGUCUGAAAUAUGUGGUGAUGUGUUUCAGUGAGCUAGAUUAAGCACUGCUUUGUGUAGCAUAUGCAACAUCUACAGGAACACAGUGCACCUCUGUAUAUAUUCUCUCAAGAAUGUUUAACAUGUUGCACAUAUGAAUGGUACAAUUGUUUUUUUUUAAAGAUAUUGCAAUAUUUCUUAAGGCAUUUUUCUGUCAGCCCUUGACUAAACGCUGGCUUUAUAUGAUUUGAUUGGAAACAAAAUAUAUUCAAUAUCCACAAUCAGGCUCAGAGUGAAAAGUAUUUACCAGAUAAAACACUUGAAUAGAAGAAAAUAGUCAAUUCUUGGCAUGUUAGUAAAAAUUUGGUGAACAACAGAAUUUUGCAUUAGUUUCUCGUUUGUUUUUUUUAUGCAACUCGAAAGGAUUUUUUUCCACAGCUUGGGCUUCAUCAAGGAUUAUUAUCCUUAUUUAUAAGGAUCAUUAAUUUAACAUUUGCCUGUUUUGUUAAACCUGUGUCUUGGAGUAGAGAACUGUUUGCCUUUCUGAAAUGUGUUUUCUUCUGGGGCCUAAUCUUUGUCCAUGAAACCAACCCUUUAUAUUAACGCCAGUGCAUUAACUCUUUCAGUUUAAAGCAAAUUUUGGUCUUAUUGGGGUCGUUUUUAGUGCUUAAGAUCACUCUUUGCUUUGUCAGGCAUUCAUACGUUAUGUGUUAUUAAGACAGAGAGAGACUAGAAACAUAUCUCACAAAGGUCUUAAUUGUCGAAAACAAACAGUACAGAUCUCUCAUUCUCAUCAGGGAGGAGAGAUUCCAGUGUCUUACCUAUGCAUUUUGAGCAGUUUAAGUUUAAAACAGUAUUACUUAUCACUCACAAAAAUUUGAAAAUUGAUUUGACAUAUGAUGUUCUCCCAGGAUGUAAGGAAUAAUAGGUUUAUUCUUUUUUUUUUUAUUUUCACGUGUCCUCUGGCUGGUUCAGAUGACUAUGACUCAAAAAACCUCUUAUUUAAUCUGUAGCCGAUUUUAAUUAUUUAUGAUACAAAGGAUGCAAAGUGUAAGUGGAGAUGAAAAAUAUGAGAUGCAUCUUGGUUUUUGUUUGGCAUCUUCACUUGAUUGUUAUCAUUCUAUACAUUAAGUAGCUUUUCAUCUCUUAUAUUUUCUUAAGGAGGCUUUGACAGGUUAUGUUAUAACUGAACUCUUAUUAACACCAUCAUCUAGGUCAUAAUUGGUUAUUUUAAUCUAUUGUCCAUUAUUAGCUACUGAAAAUGAUUUUAAAUUGGCAGGUUUGUUGUAUUUCUCUCAUUAUCACACAUGUUAAGUUUUGGGGUUCCUCCAGUCUAUAAACACAGGAUCUGUUUCAUUUGUUUCACACAGCUGGUUUAAAACAUGACACUAGAACUGAACAAAUGAAAAGUUGUGUUUUUUUAAUGUAUGAAUCAAUACUGAGAGGUACCAUUAUCAACCUGUGGGAACGUGUUUUAUGCAUUGAUAAAUUAGUUGACAUUGUUCUUACAGAGGUGAGGUUUUAAUCUUUUUGUUGUUUCCUGAAAACCACCUCUGCUCUGUUAUGUCUCCUGUUAAAGCCAUGAGAAAAAAAAAGCUGUGAGCCUGUGUUUGUCUCUCCUGUCACAGUACUGAGCUGUGCUCUUCUUCAUACAGUAGCAAGGUAAUGGAUCAGAGCUGGUAUUUAGAAAUGUUAACGUUGAUCUAAGUUGACUGAGUAGUUGUCUUCAAUGUUACACUGUGGCUGUGAUUGUCUCGGUUACAUAGUAAUACAUUUAGUUGGCAUGACAUAAUUUAACAGUUAAGUUAAACAGUUUUUCAGUUUUGGCUUGUCAGGCUUGACUUCAGCAUCAUGUGAAAGAAAAAUACUGAAUAUACAAAGUCUACCAAGGGCUAUUAAGCGAAACGGUUACAAAAUGUUAUAUUUUUUUAUUUGAAGUACAAGCCCACAUACUUAUAUUGUACAAUGUGUUUGGCAUCUUGGAUACAGAGGAUGUAUGUAUGAAUUCUCUAAAAACCUGCCUGAUGAGACUGAGCUGUAUUACAUUUAGAUUUUACCCUUUUUCAAAUGAAAAUCAAUGUAAACUA